CGUUCAUCCCACAUUUGGCUGCCUAGCAAUAGCGUCAGCAUCUUCCUUUUUCAUUUAUUUCAUUCAUUUUAUUUCUUUUUCUUGUUCCAAUUUCUAAAACCCCUUUUGGUUUUCGUUCAGCCCCACUCCCUUCUUCCUCCUCUGUAUCCGAUUUCCAGUAAUUCUGUACCUUUUUCACCGCAUCUUCAAUAUUUUUAAAUCCCUUUUCGCCCAUUCGUCGCCUAUUUAUCGCUUUCUUUCGAGCAUUCAAGGGCUUAAUUCGUUUUCGCUUUCUGGGGUUGCGAUUUCUAUGUCUGUUCGUUCAUAAGUUCCGCGAUUCGACUCGAUAUUUGCCAAACAGAUAUCAUCAUCUUAAAUGGAGAAUAUUAUGAUGGUUGAUGAUGCUUUGGGAGAUUGUUCGGAUAUGGAAGUUGAUGAUAUAAGGUGUGACAAUAUUGCAGAGAAAGAUGUUAGUGAUGAAGAAAUCGAUGCAGAGGAUCUGGAGAGGCGUAUGUGGAAGGAUAGGAUCAAGCUUAAAAGGAUUAAGGAAAGAGAGAAGAUUGCUGCACAACAGGCUGCAGAGAAGCAAAAACCGAAGCAGACAUCCGAUCAGGCUCGAAGGAAGAAGAUGUCUAGAGCUCAAGAUGGGAUUCUCAAGUAUAUGUUGAAACUGAUGGAAGUAUGCAAAGCUCGGGGAUUCGUAUAUGGCAUUAUACCUGAAAAGGGGAAACCGGUUAGUGGUGCUUCUGACAACAUUCGAGCUUGGUGGAAAGAGAAAGUUAAAUUUGAUAAGAAUGGACCGGCUGCUAUAGCUAAGUAUGAAGCGGAAUGUCUUGCUAAAGGAGAGGCAGAUGGAAAUGGAAAUGGUAAUUCCCAGAGCGUUCUUCAAGACCUUCAGGAUGCAACGCUCGGGUCUCUUUUAUCUUCGUUGAUGCAACAUUGUGAUCCCCCUCAGCGGAAGUAUCCUUUAGAAAAGGGGGUUCCUCCACCCUGGUGGCCCUCUGGGAAUGAAGAUUGGUGGGUAAAACUUGGAUUAUCCCAUGGCAAUAGUCCUCCUUAUAAGAAGCCACAUGAUUUGAAGAAGAUGUGGAAAGUGGGGGUAUUAACAGCUGUAAUAAAACAUAUGUCACCUGAUAUUGCAAAGAUAAGAAGACACAUCCGGCAGUCAAAGUGCUUACAAGACAAGAUGACAGCAAAGGAGAGUGCAAUUUGGUUGGGAGUUUUAAGCCGAGAGGAAUCUCUAAUUCGACAACCAAGCAGUGAUAAUGGAGCUUCUGGAAUAACGGAGACACCAGCAGGUGGUCGGGGUGAAAAGCAAGCUGCAGUAAGCAGUGAAAGUGACUAUGAUGUUGAUCUUGCUGAUGAUGGUGUUGGGUCAGUUUCUUCUAAAGAGGAUAGGAGACCUCGAUCCGUGGAUGUGGAGCCAUCCAGUAAUAUACAAAACAAUGCUCCUCAACCUGCUGAAGGAAAGGAGCAAGGUGAAAAGCAUAGGAGAAAAAGGCAUCGUGGUGGCAGGACAAAGCCUGCCGAUCAAACAUUGGCUCCCUCUCAGAACGCAGAACCAAGUGUCGAACCAAGAAAUACACAGCUCGAUAUUAACCAUUCUAAUGUACCAUUAGAUAGAUUUGAAAUUCCAGGAAACCAACAACAACAGGAUACUGUCACAGCUUCGAGGCCACUGGAGAAGGACUUGGAUGUCCAACCAGAAGUACCAGCUCCCCAGUUGUUCAACAUGUUCUCCACGGCAUCCUCUGAUAACAUCAAUAUAAUUUCCACUCAGAGCAUGUAUGUUGAUGGAAGGCCUUUGUUGUAUCCUGUAAUGCAGAAUCCUGAGGUGCAAAAUGAAAGUGCUUACAAUAUUUAUAAUCCAUCGGUGGAAUAUAGAUCCAAUUUUGAUGUGCAGCAUUCUCAAUUUGUUAAUGAGCCUCAAAUGAGAUUGGAGGAAGGAGUAAAUAUUUCAACACAACAUAGAAACGAUGGGACGAUAGGAGAAUUCAACUAUGUAAAAGAAACAUUCAACACCGAACAAGAUAGGCCGGUUGAUGCACAGUUUGGAUCUCCAAUCAACAGUCUAUCAUUAGAUUAUGGAGCAUUUAACAGUCCGUUCCAUCUUGGAAUUGACGGUGCAAGCUCAUUCGAUGACUUUUUGGUUGAUGACGAUUUGAUUCAAUACUUUGGAGCAUAAGUUUGUUAAUUCUGUAUAUUCUGAGCCUUAGAUUGUACCAAAUGCCUCCUUGUAAUGUGCCGAUUCUUCCUAUUGUAAUUUUCUUCUGUCAAAAGAAAUUCUGUUAAAUUGAUGUUUCAAUACUAAUAUGAUUCUAUGUCCAGGGAUUGACUGCAAGAAUGCAGCUCACCAACGUCCAUGCUCGACGGGGAAAAUCCCCGAUCAGCUGGGAACCAUCCUCUUUGUUCUUAUCUAACAUUCUCAAGACUGUAGGUAAUAUGCAACUAAUGGACAUUUUUAUUGAGAAAGGGAGUCAAAGUUUAUUUAAAUUCAUUGUUAUAUUUGCUGAGAAUAUUGACUGUCAAGGUGUACACGAUUGGGACACAUCAACUAAAGUGGAUUUUGAAGAAGACCAAUCAUCUUAGGGGCAGUUGCUACUAAAAAUGGGUGUAUCCAGAAUGGGGUUCCGAUCGCGGAAUCAAUCUGCUAUAGCUACUUGAUCUCGAUCAAAUGACUUUGAAUCUGUCUCCACAUCUGGAAUAUCCAUAAGAGGAAAUGGAACUCAAUAUCGUUUUGAAACGUUGAAGGGGUGCUCCAUAGCGAAAACAGAGACUGCUUCUACCCAACAUCAGGUAGUAUGUGAUUCUCCAAGGUACCCAAAGCGAAACAAAGGUCAGGGCUGAUUUCAACUACAUUUGCACCUGGUAACUUCUGUCAUCUCCGACUUUAUAAACUCUCAUAGUCAGGUUUAAUAGUGAGACCAAGCUAUGAAGUUGUAUCGGCUGAGCUAUUUUCAUCCGUUCGGGUGUUAUCAGUAGAUCAUAUAUUUCGUAGCGGAAGCUCGUUUGUUGGUACCUCUCUCUUGUCCUCUUAGAAAAAUAGGGAAGAAAUCUAGCCAAAUUUAUCUUCUCAUGAGUUAGUUUACUUUUGGGAAGUAUUGAAACCAUAGAGUUUAGCUUCCUCAAGUGAGUGAUGCCAAAUCCCUCUAGUGCCUUAUAGACUUAUAGUUCUAAAUCAGAGACAUAGUACAGCAUUUGCUUCUCCAUGUACCUUUUAUCACUUGGUUAUGGGUUGAAGCUUUGAAUCUUCGUCACGUUUGUAAUAAAAUAUUUUUAUUAAAAACUCCGUCCAGUUCGAUAUUUUUGUAGGUUUGAUAUGGCUUAAAGAAAAUUGAGUGGCAUUAUAUCGGUUUGACUCAAA